ACUUUGAAGUAACUGGUAGCAUUCUGACAUUUAUUUUCCGGAAUACAAAUUUCGCAGUGUGACUAUCUAGCUUUAAAACCUACCUAACUAUGGACAGGCAAAGCGACAAUCUCCAACCUCCAUCUCCUCCACUGGCAGACCAAAGCGAUUCUGAUGAUGACGACUAUCCCAUUUUCCAACCUCCGUUGAAAUUCCCCGAUCCGGUAAAAUAUCGAAAAAAGAAGGAUCGAUUGCUCUUCAAAAGGCCUCUGGAGGUUAUUCCGGAGACUGGGAGUGUUAUCAGCACGAAAAUUACGCCUUCAAUGGGGACUAGAAUCGAUCUUCAGUACGUUCCACAAUCUGCAUACGAAGAGGGUCAACCAAGGCCCAAAUUCAUUGUCCCUAAAACCAGAAAGCAACGACAGUUUAUUGAGAACAACCGCGCCAAUACUUACAAGAAAUUUUGCAAGUAUCGCGUUGUUAAAAUGGCCGAUCCGAUUCCCUCAAAGAAACUCAGCCAAACCUUUGAAAUUGGUUCUCCUGAACCAUCCAACGCCAAAGUGGCUCCAAGGAAAGUAAGUCCAACUGCAAGCUGGCUUUACCCGGACCCACAAACGAGCAAAGAACUCGCACUCAAGAAGCCGAAAAGCGGCAUUUUUAUUAACGAAACUCGCUCUAAACACGUAUCGAGUGACUACGAUAGUUUCGACUUGGUUUUUACGAGAAAACCGAGACCAGUUGUAAAAACGAGCAAACAGAAGCGGUCUCGAGCACUACGCAAAGUAACUGAAGAAGACGAAAGCAGGCCUGAUAAGGAAAAGAAAAAGAGAAAAAAGAAAGGAACUAAGAAAGCCAGCAAAGAAAAAGAUAUGAGCCCCGAAGAAGCGUUCAUGUCGAAGAUGGAGCAAGAAAUGGAAGAAGAAAUGAUGCUCGGUGAAUAUGGAGAAGGGGACAUGUUGCCUAAGGACUAUUUAACCAAACAGUUUAGACGCAAAGUUUCUCUGAUGUCCGAUUGUACAUCCUACCAGUCCAGAGACUACGAAGCAGAGAGCGAAGUAUCCUUAGCCCAUCCAGCUUUGGAUAAAAUUGCGCAAAAAUUCCGAAGAGACUCGGAAAUUCGAAGAUAUGAACCCAAGCGGAGACGCUUUCGUAGAGGAACUUUGGAAAGUCACUCUUUCACCAACAUCUACCAGCCCACUUUGAAGGAGUUUUAUUUCGGAUCCAGACAAGGCACCAUGCAUCAAGGAGAUGAACAUUUACCCGAAGGGUCGCCCAACAUGCAAGGAAUCUGCAUACCAGUAGCAGCCUAUUGUUUCUCUUUCCUGAAGCAUCCGAACAAGUGGACUGAGGAGCAUAUUGACGAAAUUCUGGAUGUAGGAAGUCAGCUGUAUUUGAGCAGCUUGCAGAGCCUUCAUGUGCAUACUUUUGGAAAGGAUCUGAAGCCUGAAGAUCUGGACAAGCACUGUUUCAUCCGACACAAAAAACUGCGAUUUGUAGUUGAAGACCCCGAGGUGUCAGGCUUGAUAAAGUCGACUGAUAGAACAGUGUUCAACCUGACUAAGGCGUUGAGCAUAUUUUUUUCCCGGCAGAAGGCCGGCAUUUUUCAAACUCAGGAUACCAAUUUGGCCAUUUGGAAGGACAAAUAUUUUUAUUUUUUCGAUGGAAAGCCCCGGACCAAGGACCUGUACUAUUCGCCCAAUGGGACUGCAAUAAUGGCUAACUUUUACGACGUUCCCGCAAUAGUUACGGUGCUGUUGAAGCGAUCUGGAAUGCAAAAUUGGCCGUUUGUGAUCUACCCCAUCAAGAUCUAUAAAGUGAUGGAUAAAGAUGAAGAAGACGACGCAGAUAAGGGCUUGGGACUGGACGCUAGAAGCAACUACAAUAUCCUGAAUGAGAAUAAAGCUGUUCUGUUGGCCUCGUAUGAUUUGGGGGAUAAAUGUUUCGGCUUUAGCAGGAGCAAGCAGAGCUUGCCAAUGUCGGUAGUUUGCCUGGUAUAUUCCAGAAUUACUCCUCCUAGUGCCUGGCACAAAACCACCUUGGAUAAGAUCAUGAUUAUUGGAAACCAACUGUACCUUGAAUGUAUGCAAUGUGAAGCCAUAAGUGAACUAACACUCGGCACUAUUCCAGCCUUCUUCACGAUUGGACCAUACAUCGUGGAAAUUUACAUUUACGCCAACAGAAUGGUGGACAUGAUGUACGAGAAAUGCAACUGCCAGCUGGAAUGUUCCUUGGAGAAGUUCUUUGAAACCAACACGAACGCCAUCAUGCAAAUUGGGAGCGUUUAUUUGGCCAUUUGGAAGCAGCGGAACAUGUUCUUUUGCUUUGAUCCCUAUUCCCGAGGAACAGAGGGCUAUAGAUGUAGAGAUGGCUACGCCUGUGUGUCCAUGCAUGCCAACAUCCAUUCUUUAGUUGAUACAGUCACGCAUAACUUUGAUGAUAAGGACGCAAUCUUCAAUAUUCAUUCCCUGAAAGUGUGCAAAAUCAAUCGAGAUCCUGUGCAGUCGCAGCGGUUUCCGAAACACAUUCCCUUGGACGAAUUUCCCCCGGAAGAAUUUAAAACGUCCAAAAUGCGAAAAAGCAAAAAGGCAGCCACAGAAAAACCCAUUACGGUUGACUAUUCUGCUUUAGCCAUGAGGAGUUUGCUGAUGGGCGAAACUCCCGAACCCUCCAUAAUGGAAGUCGGAUCCCACGUUGAAAGUUUAGGCCUAGACCAGAUUCCUCCUCUGCUCCAUGCAGAUCGGCUUCCACCUAAAGCUGGAGCUUUGCUGCAAAAGCCCCUCAACACUGAUAUUGUCGCUGAUUUGGACUCGCCCAGCUUAUCAGACACCCAGAUUGCGCCCCAACGGCCCAGUCAACCCAAAGAAUCUCAGGAGAUUUCCUUGAUGGACCUCGACACUUUUGAACUCACCCAGGAAGAAAUUGAGCUGGAAGAGGUUUACGCUGAAGGAUAUGGGCAAGAUGAAGAUGGCAUGGGUGAAGAAAUGGGGGAAGAAGACAUCGAAGCGGCCAUUGCUAGGGAAAUGGAAGAGCAGGCAGGAGAAGGUGAAGAUUUCUACUAUAGCGCUAAUGAAUACGCGCAAGUUAGGACAGAGUCUUUGGUGCCAAUGGCGGUCUCUGAAGAGAUCAACACCGAGCUCACAUAUUUUCCCAUUAAACGGGAAAUUCUCUAUCCGACUUAUGUGAGAGGGAAGCAGCAAAUGAAAUCGCGGUUGAAUCGAUUUAGGAAACCAUUCGAAUGGGACGAUACCUACCUUCCGGCUGUGCCAGAUGGUACUAAGUCCGAGGAACUUAGGAAAGAGACGAAUUUUGUAGAUUUGCCCGACGAUACGCAGAUUAUCAGGGGAACUAAGAAUGUUGCAUCCUUUGGAGACGAGGUAGAGUUUAUAGCACCUUUUGUGUGUGUUAUGGCCGACGUGGUGGCUAAAAAGUACUCAAUUCUUUCAUGGAGUGCUGAAAUCGUUGACUAUGUCCUUAAAUGCGGCGUCGAGCUGUAUAAUGCUUCUAAGUUUCGAUAUGACCAGGUAUCAAAGCUGGAGAUUCCGCAAAUAUCACUAGGACAAGCCAAAUUCGCCUGCCUAGUGGAAUACGUGUUUGAUUCAUACACCCGACCAAACAUCCUGGAACUGGCAAUAGAGAAGAUUCUCUUUAUCCGCUCUGAUAUGGGGGUUUUGGUGACGCCCACCUAUGCUUGCGCUCUCAUGUACAAGAAUUUCCUCUUUUAUAUGUACGAUGGGUUUGGAAAUAAUGAAGUCGGCCUGAGCGAAGGCUUGUCUGAUCUGGGCUCCGCCUGCUUUUCCCGAUUCAAAGACGUGCAUUCGCUAGUAACCAGAAUAAUGUACAACAAGAAGAAACGGGACUCCAAUGAAGAAGUUGUGUACACCCGAUUUGUGCUGAGCGCUGUACGAACCAAGAGGUUGCAUCCAUCAGAGGAAAAGCUGGCGAGCCAAAAGAGCAAAAGAAAGCCCGUGGACAAGGAAGCUGAAGAAGAAGAAAUGGCAGCUCAACAGGGCGAGGAUGGAAUGGAUGCGUCAGACAAGGAAAACACUGCCUACGAAUCAGAUGAAGAACAAGCUAAAAAGGAACCGGAAAAUAAAGUGGGUUACCAGUUUAGAAAUGGCCUCUACGUUAUAGAGGGCACUAGAGCCCUAAAGUCUGCUGAUACUGAAGAAGAAAAUGAAGAAGGAAUCAGACGAAGUCCGAUCGAGCUGCAAGAAGACCACUUUGCUUGUCUUUGUGCCGGCCUCAUGCUGCUGUCCUGCUCAGUGGGAAAAUGGGAUACAAAAAGUGUGGAUGAGGUUCUUGACCAUGGGAACCACAUAUUUGCUCACGCCGAUGAUCUGGAGAUGUCCGAAAAGCGCACAAUAAAAAAUAUUCUCAUCAAGAAGAACUUCUUCGAUAUUAUAGUGAAGAAGAUUAGAAUCGAGAAUUGGAGGGAUAACAGGAAUUUAAGCGCAGGAAUUGAUACACUGCUGAGAAAGAAAAUGUCGUACUUCCUAAUUCAAUUCCCGGCUAGUUCUUAUGUUGUCCAUAAAUCUCCUGCAAAUGAUAGUUUCCAUAUCUUCUACCCUUGCGGCUUGCCCAAGGGCAAGCAGAAGUCCGGGACUUCGGAUGAAGCGUCAACAGUUGCUGGUUGGUUGAGGUGUAGAAAUUUAAAUGAUGCAAAACGGCAGUUGAAACACGCCGUAAAAAAAGGGGCCGAAGGCUACGAUUUCUACACCUUUGAGGUGACCUCGAUUCGCAAAGCCCCGAAAGAUAUGCUGAUCAAUUUCCGAUUGAAUCAGUACGAGGUGGAGAAAGCGAAAAGACCUGAACAAUUUGGUAAGCCGUUCUAUGAGGACGCGGCCUGGCUCAAAGUGGAUCCGAUACCGUGGUCUAGAACAGUGGCGAAAAAUCCCGAAGGAAAUAACAGGGAAUCGUUGGAUAAUUUCUGGCAUAACUGGAAUAUUGAGUAUGAGAAGGAUUUGUUUUCAAUGUUGGCGAAUAUCCAUCAAGAUUCCGAUAGGUUCUCUGAUGAAACUCGUGGCAAACAGACCUUAUGCAAUCUGGUUACUUGCAUAGGAAUGCUGGAAAUUUACGAUCUAGCUGAGUGGAAUGCGGCAGUUAUUGACUCGGUCUUGGUCAAUGGUGACCAAUACUUUGCGGAAUGCGUUCGGGACAUUAAGGACGAUGAUUACGAAUUAUCGGUUGAUGAUUUGAAGGAGGAAUCGAGCAUUUUUCCAUUCAAUUUCAAAGUCAGCUGCACACCCGUUGUUGAGGGAACAAUGUUUUUGGUGCGAAAUACUCAGUUUAAUUUGUACAAAGCGCUCAGGUUUUUCUUCGAUCAUUCCGAUCGACGUGGAGGCUUGAUCUGUUGCACUAAAUCUGGCACCAAAAAGUAUCUGGCAUUUGGUAAAUCGCAGAGAAACGAAUACUACAUGUUUGAGACCGAUGCGCAUGGCAGUCCCAUGUUCUUAGACGGGCACGAAAAGGCUUACAUUUUGCGCAUGACUAGUUUAAACAGGUUAUUACAUGUUUUAACUUUGACUCUGAGAGGAGGCGAUUUCUACAUGUUUGAGGUGCGUAUCACCGACGUGAAGCCCAUUGGUUGAAGAUACCACGAUUAUAUGCAAGUGUCUAAAUUUGUGUGUAAAACCCUAAUAAAUGUUUCGAUUGGA